AUGAAACAGGCACUUCUUCACUAUAUGGAGCAAUCCAAUAGAGAUAAUAACAGAGACUCCUCACCACUUCUUCGAAGCGUAUCACGUCCCGCGGCACAUUGUCAGUUGUUUGACCUAAAGAAGGAUCAAGAACAAAUAUGGCCAGCAUCUAAUCUCCUUAACGGUAGUGGCCGUUUCCGCGCUCAGUACCAAAAUGGUUCUCAUCUCGUGAUGAGCGAUAACCGUCUUCUUGUGGUUCGUAAAAAUGGUUAUUUUUAUUGUCCACCAUGGAGUGCUCCUAUUCACGACGCAUACAUUCAACAGCAAGGAGAUACUGGAUACUCCCUUUUGGUUGUAGGCCUCACAACAGGGGUUUACGUUGCCUUAUUACAAGAAGAAUCACCCAUUCAAAUUGUGGAUGAUCUAUUUGUAGGAACAAACCAUCCUGUAGAGAAAAUAAUGUUUCCACAGAAUAACGUGGUAGUACUUUGUUAUGGGAAUGCUGAUGUGGAAACUUAUGAGGUUACUAUAGAUGAUGAGCAAAAAAUAGGAUUUAUUCUAUCUCAUGGGAAACGUCCAUUUCGUAUUCUUCAAACUGUAACUUCUUUAUGGGGUAAAAAGCAUUACCGUGAUUGUGCAUAUGAUGCCAACAGUAAAAAUCUGUUCGUCUUAUCCAACAUAGAUCUCACAGUGUGGAGGUAUGUGACGCCAGAUUUAUUUACAGUAGUAUCUUCAGUUUCAGUUCAUGGUAAUGCUGUGGCGGUGCUUCCAAGUUCACAAACAAAAGGUUGUGCUACAAUUAUUCUUUCUGAUGGAGGACGACAACCUGUUUUUCUUGAAAAAAAUGGAAUUAAAAAAACAGGUUGUGAAAAUACAGUACUUCGUUUGGGAUCUGUUCGUCCUUUACCAACAGAUCUACAUUUAAACUCUAUUCAGUUUGCAUGUCAAGGUGUUGAUGGUACUAUACUUCUUUAUGAUUCACAAACAUGUACUGUAGUAAUGAUAACUGUAAGUUCUCCUAUCUAUGAAGGUAUAUAUGAUGUGGUAGAGGUUGUAUCAAAUUUACGAUUAAAUGAGACAGUAGUAGGUCUUGACUGCAUUAGUGAACUAGAAGAUUCUUGUACAACUUUUGUUGUUUACGGAAAAUAUGGUAUUAUAUGGAGUAUUAGUGUACGUUCACUUGGCCUUAUGCUUGCAGAUCUUUUGCGACAAGAGAGUUUAACUGACAAUGUCCAUUCUUUGUUGCGUGGACUUGAACCACAAAGGAAAAUGGAGGCUGUUAUGGGUGCAGCUUUCUCCGGAUCUUCUUUAGAACUUUUGAUCCCAUUCCUUGAUGAGUUAAUGCAACCUUCUUUUCGUGAAGGUACUAUGUCUGUAUCUCCUGGGGUUCGAAGCCUUGUUAAUCUUGCACAUGACAAAAUUGCUUUGGCACAGAGUUUGUGGGAUGCACCCUUCUCUUGGCAUCUAAUGUAUGAUCUUCAGCGUGUUGCUGAUCAUUUGAUAAAAUGGUAUGAAAAUUUAGAUGGACUUUUGCGUCCCAACGGUUGGUUGGAUUGUCCAAAACAGGUUGAAUUAUCAUGGAAUGGGCUUGUUGCCACUUCUAAUCAUCCUUUCACUAUAAGGAGUGCUCUUAAUGCUCAGGCAUUGCUAUUGGAAACAGUAUUAAAAGGAUUUCAAACAGCAGGUAUACUUUCCUGGUUAUACACUUUGCUUUUGCGUCUCAAGCCAAGUAAUGUGGAUGUAACCAGGAAAAGACUAGAUUUAAUAGUAUGGGGUGAAGAUACAGAUCAGAUUAUCAAUGCAUUUUGUAUGGAAGCUCUCUCAUACCAUGAUAAGGAUGUUUUGGUUCUAUUAGAAGGAAAAAAAAAUAUCCUUCCAAGACGUGCACGACACGGUAUAAGUAUUCAAAUUCUUAUUUCACGUAAUCUUCCUGAUGCAGCACUUUCUUACGCCUGUGAUAAUGUAAAGUCUCUACGACAUGAAGAAAUGUUUGACUAUGUGGCAGAUGAGCUAGAGCGCUCAUUCCCUGAACGUAUGCCACGUCUUAGACUCCUUCUUUAUUCUUUGAAGCACCACCGAAGUAUGGUUGAUCUUUUUCAAAUGCUAGAUAACUCUGCUGCCAAUGACUCUUUAGAAAAACUUAAAUUACGUCUUGGAUUGGUUAUGCAGGCUGCAGCCGAUGACCCUAUCCUUCAGAAUGCAGUAGUGCAUUGGAUGGAGAGUCAUUCCCUUGAGGAUAACCGUAUAAUGACUUUUGCGGAGGUAUUGGAAGAGAAUGCAGUGAUUAUUAAUGAACCACACUCACUAACAGCACUGUUUUUUCUUUGUUGGAUUAACCGUAGACUAAAUCCUGUAAUGGCUGCUCGCGGUUUUGGAGAUAUAGCAAAAAGUAAGCAUCAUCUUGCCUUAUCAAUGAGGAUUUCUUGCAUCAAAUUGGCUUUGGAGUGCAAGUUAACAACAAGUGAGCAGCUUGUCUACUUUGUUCUUCUUCUUCAGGAGGAGUUGGGGAAUGCGGUGGAAGCGGUGUGGGGUACAAAUUCUAUCUCACCUGACGCUGUGAGUAUGAAUAGUGGUGCUGGUGGUGGUAGUAUUGGAAGAGUUGUAGAGGAUGUAGAGGAUGUGGAUGGCUGUGGCCGGUCAAAGGCAAUGACGGAUGUGCGGGAGCUACGGCACUUCUACGUGGGCGAACAGCGGCUGUUUGAGUUGGCCGGUUCCUACCGCCGGCAGGGCGGGGCCAAGGUGCAGCUCGAUCUCCUCAAGGUCCACCCCGAGACCCCCCCGCGGGUCACCGUCGCCGUCCUCCACGACCUCCUCGAGUUCCUCCUCGACGAGGGCAUGUCGCCAGCAGAGGCCGUGCGGAACGUCGCCCGCGAGUAUUACGACGCCUACGCCGCCGGCCUCCCACUCCCGCCGCUUCUCCGCUUCAGCGCUCGCUGCGGCACUACAGUGGCAGCAGGGGCCGCAGCGCUCAGGGACGGUGGUGUGCCGCCAGGCGCCAUCUUUGAUGCCCUGCUCGCACUCAUUGACGAACCCAGCGAGGAGGUUGUGGGCGUUGGCGCAGGCGACGUUCUUGAGGCCCUCGCUGAAAUACUUGCAAAACUUAACGGCGAGGAGCGACGCCUCCGUGGGGCUUAUGUGCUAGAGCGAAUUCACCACCGACUCGCCGGCGAGCACCGCUCAGGGAUGCCACGGGACACAGAGGUAGUGCAGCUCCAGCACGCAGAGGCCAUAGUCCGGCGAACACUCGCCACCUCGCCACACGUGUGA